AUGGUUUUUUGUGUCUGCUUACUCCAAGAAAAGCCUCGAGAGCAGAGAAAGUCAUUAAUCUUUGUGUUCUGGGACUUUGAGAAGGCUUUCAAAAGCAUACCAAGACCUGUAAUGUGGGUCACCCUAAAGCAUUUUGAUUGUCCCAAUUGCUUUAUGAACCUCAUUCAGGUCCUACAUGGUGGAAUGUCUGACCAGGUCAUUGCCAAGAAUGCUCUCUUCAGUUUCUUUUCAAUUACAACUGGCCAGAAGCAAGGAUGCACCCUCACUCCCAUUCUGUUUUUCCUCUACCUUGAUAUCCCUGAUCAGGUUCCUGGUUGUAGACAUCCAUUACAGAAUGAACAGAGGACUUUCAACAUUGUCCACUUACAUCUUUGGCCAAGGUAUGUGAGCUACUCCCACAUACCUCGUUUCUGGUCUUCAGGUGGCUGUUAA